UCCUUGUAUGUCUGUGAAUCCGUAAAGCUUUAAGUUACUCUCAUUCCAAACAUAUUUUUUGACCAUUCUCACGACAGCCUCUUGCUUAUUUUAUGAAAUAGCAAAGAUGUAUCACAUCUCUCUCUCUGUUUUGCUUCUUUGUUUGUAAAAGCUAACCUCCAGCUUAAUUAUGGUCCUGGAGGUUAGCGGUUAGCACAGUUUCCCUAGCAAACAACGUUCUACAGUAAUGUACAAUGCUAAUAAUUGUUAACAGCCGCAUCCUGUCAGUAUUAACGUACCUUUAAUUAAGCCUGGCAUUUCUGCGCAACUGACGAUAUUUUAGCUUUUUGGCAGCGAAUUCUCUUGACCGUCGUGAAAACCGUUAAUUUCGUUCUUCUGAUAGCUAGCUACCUUAUCAUUCGUAUCAUGUUGAUUGUAGACGCGUAGACACAAAUGUUAACUGUAGACGUAUAUACACAUACAUAUCAAGGUAUUUUCUUCUUAUGUGCUUUCUUAAACAUGGUUAAAAUGUGUGCGCUCAUACCGCAGAUAAUAUUCGUCUCAUACUCGACUUAAGGGUUAAAAAGCCAUUACCUGUACAUACCUGGGAAUUGAAGUCUAUUUCGGUGUCCCCGGCAAUAACGAAACAUUGAGGACGUCCAUAGAAAGAACUACAAACAGCCUGGAGCGACGCCAACGGGCAGCUCCCAACACCGCCCAACCUGGCUCUCGUCUGCACUUUUAUUAGACAAUAAAACUUCCUGAACGAGACACAACCCAAAACAAGACGACGUGAUUUGCUGUUUUCCGGUCAACGGUCCGCCGCUUCUCUCAUCACUGGCAACCGUCUUUUAUCAGAUCCUUGUCUGCUCCCAUUCUGUCAGUCUUCAUGACUGAUUGAAUGCAGUGAAACCGGCAUCAGUGGACGAGUGCACGCACAGGGGUCCAUCGAUUGGUCAAGGAUGACCAUGGGAGACAUGAAGAAUGAUGCAGCUGCUGCCUCGCUGGCUCCGAUGGCUCUCUACACCGUGAUGUUUCCUGUCUUUAAGGAGUUGGAGAAGAUCAAUUUAUCAGCAGCGCAGACCUUGAGAACAGCUUUUAUAAAGGCAGAGAAGGAGACCCCGGGCCUUACCCAGGACGUUGUUGUCAAAAUAUUGGAAAAGAAGAAGUUAAAAAUUAACUAUAACGAGGCUCUGCUUCGCAUGGCUGGAGAUGAUAUGCAGGAGUUGAUGAUUGACAGGAAAGAGCCAGAGUUCCAGGAGCUGAACGAGAGGGCCCGAGCUCUGAAACACAUCCUAAGCACCCUGCCUGAUGAGAUCAAUGACCGAAUGGGCUUGCUACAUACCAUCAAAGAUGUUGCCAGUGCCAUCAAGGAGCUGCUAAACACUGUUAAUACUGUCUUAAGGAAAUACCAACAUCAGAACAGACGGGUGGUGGAACAGCAGAAGAAAGAGUUUGUGAAAUACUCCAAGAGCUUCAGUGACACUCUCAAAACCUACUUCAAAGAUGGAAAAGCAGUAAAUGUGUUUGUCAGCGCCAACCAGCUCACCCACCAAAUCAACAUGAUAAUGCGGGCCUUCAAGACUGGCGGCCCAGCGGCGGCGGCCCGAGAAGAUGCGAAGAACAGACGCGCGCAGACACAGGAGAAGCGUUUUCAUUAGAGAACAGGCGAAACAAGGCUUUUUAAUUUGUAAAGGUGUUUUAUUUUUUUUUAUUUUUUUGGGGGGGGCUGUAUUUAUAAUUCUGUGGCUCUGAGGGGAGAUCAGGUAGUUUCGAGUUUCAAAGCAAGUCAGGCUGACAGUAAUUGCUGGGGAUUUUUUUUUACUCUCUUUAAUGUUGUUCUUUUAUCAGAUUCUUAAGUCAAUAUUUUCUACGCUCCCCUCUGCAUUUUCCACUCUGUUCAGAUUAUGUCAGUGUUUCCCUUGUCCUUAAAAGUUUGGCAAUUGCAUAUAAGUCCUUAAAAGUUAUCAUUUUGGCAAUUACUAAUAUCCAGCCAAUACGGUUUGUAGUUAUUUGUAAUUUGAUUGAUUUGCCAAAGACCAAGAUGCCACCUUUAAAUGUUUUGUUGUUCCCCAUAGGUAUUAUCUAUAUGUGCCAUGUGUAUAUACAUGUAUACUUAACUGGACUUCUCUCGCUGUCUUGUAUUUUAAUGUUUCCAGCUAGAGCGUUACUACUCCAAAGCUGCAGAUUUCAAUUCUUUUCAAAUGAGUGACGACUUAACCUUCACAUGUUUACACAGAUGUCUCUGAUUAUGAACGUAUUGUCUCUUUGUCACCUUCUGUUCAACUCCUACUCUGUAGUUUUCAUGCCGUUUUCAAGGCCAGUGAAAAUAAAAUGAAGGGACCUGAACUUCCUUGAGAACUCUUAAAGAAGUCAUGACGAGUUAAACCACUUUUCUUCUUCCUCCUGCAAAUUAAAGAGUUCUGACAUGUGAGAAA